AUGUUUAACAAAUUUAUUAUGCUUAUUAUCAUUUCAGAUGGAAAUAACAACCAGAACAACCUGCUGCUACCAAACACUGCAAAGGAGAUGCAAUACGAACGGUACAUCGUGUACGGAGUAAUUCUUCUAUUCGUAGUGGCAGGAUUGCUUGUUGUGUUCUUCUACGUUUACCAAACCUACCAAGCCAACCAAACUGCACGCGCCAAUGAGGAGAUACUUUUCGGCAACAACUUCAUUUCGAAAUCGAUUCCAAACCUUGGUAACGGGCACAUGAUAAUCGAUCGGAGCAACUGGGGAGCCCAGCAGAACAUACGGGGACCGUACGAUCUGACCCAUCCCAUUCCGUACGUGCUCAUAACGCACGUCGGGGUGCACGCGAAGAACUGCACCAACGUGCACAUGUGCUCGAUCAAGAUGCGAACGCUGCAGGACGCUGCCAUCGCUGAGAAAAGUCUGAGGGAUAUUCCCAGUAAUUUUUACCUCGGAGGUGAUGGAAACGUCUACGUCGGUCGGGGCUGGGACACGGCGAAUGCGUACGCCAACAAAUCGCUGGCCGUCUGCUUCAUGGGCGAUUACGGGCGGUACGAACCGAACAAGCUGCAGUUUUCCGCCUUAGACCAUCUUCUAACGUACGGCGAAAAGAAUGAUCUUCUAACGAAGGACUAUAAAAUCGUCGCCCAUCGGCAGACGCAAACCACGCGCAGCCCUGGAAUAAUGCUGUACGAAAAGAUCACCCAGCUGUCUCGGUGGAAUCCAUGUGGGUUGCCUGAGAAGGAAAAGUGUGGCCACGAGAUUGGCCUACCGGAAAUCUGGCGCCAAGAGUACAUACUGCAGGCGACUACCGUACCUGGAGCAACGACCACUGAGGUCAGCAGCACAACUAGUGCGAAAAGUGAAACAUCAGAUUAG